GCAUUGUCUUCUCGCUUGUUCUCACUUUAUUUCUUUUUAGCGUGGCGUCGGUUAGCAACGGUAGUGUGCGUAGAUUAAAAUUAGAGAUUGUUCUAGUUUGCGCUAAAAAGUUAUUUUUCUUGGUGUACUUUUUAAUUCGCUUAAUCGUUCAACAAGCUUUUCGUAAUGAGGCCGCAGCAAAACGGAGAUGAUGGUUUUGAGGAACCCGAAGUUCAUCGUAAAAUCUUUAUCGGGGGUCUUAAUUAUAGAACGACCGAUGAAUCUUUAAAAGCACAUUUCGAGAAAUGGGGAGAAAUUGUGGACGUAGUCGUUAUGAAGGACACGAAGACCAAGAGGUCUCGUGGUUUCGGCUUUAUUACAUACUCCAAAGCCCACAUGGUUGACGAUGCGCAGAACAAUAGGCCACAUACAAUUGAUUCACGAGUGGUGGAAACCAAACGUGCCGUAGCUAGGCAGGAUAUCAAAAAUCCUGAGGCAGGCGCAACUGUAAGAAAACUUUUUAUCGGCGGUAUUAAAGAUGACCAUACUGAAGAUCAAAUGCGAGAAUAUUUCUCUAAUUAUGGAAAUGUACAGAAUGUUAGCAUUGUCACAGAUAAAGCUACUGGAAAGAAGCGUGGUUUUGGCUUUGUUGAAUUUGAUGACUAUGACCCAGUUGACAAAGUUUGCUUGAAUGCCCCUCAUAAAAUUAAUGGUAAACAGUUAGAUGUUAAAAAAGCGUUACCUAAAGAUGGCUCUGACCAGCGCGGCGGUAGCGGUGGUAGACAAGGACAGAGAAGAAAUGAUAACUGGGGUAAUUCUGGAGGUGGUUAUGGAGGAAACCAAGGAGGCGGUUGGAACAAUUCCAAUCCGUGGGAUAACAAUCAGGGAGGUUGGGGAGGUAGUCAGGGGAGUGGUGGAUAUGGUGGUGGUAACCAAAGAGGUGGUGGUGGUGGUUGGGGUGGCAACCAAGAUUUUGGCAACUAUGGCCAACAGAGCUAUAGUGGUGGCCCCACCAGGAACCAGCAGUAUAGCAACAACAGAGCUGCACCAUACAAUAUGAACCAAGGGGGAGGUGGGGGUGGUUAUGGCAGCGGUGGUAACUACGGCGGGGGACAAGGAAGAGGUGGCAGAUACUAAAGUGUGUUUGGUGCUAAGUACACUAGUAGAGCAGUAUUCCGUGUCGGCUAGUGUAGGCAGGCGCUCCGGAGCACUAGUUACAACUCUGGUCUACUCGAGACCACCUAGGAGAAGCCCUCAGGAAACCCUUAGACAAAUAUGAAUAGAUUAUUUAUAGAAUAUGUACUCAUGUAAUUUGGUCUUCUAUUUAUUGUACUUUAGGUACUCGACGUGACAUAUUUUUAAGGUUCUACAUAGAUUGUGAAAACAUUUUAUACAGAUAAGUACAAUAUAGGAUAUUGAUAUGUAAUGAUUUAAGUCCCUUAAACGAUGCUAGGUUAAUGAAAUGAACAUUAAGUUGAAUUAAUAAGAAAAUGGAUCAUGAUUUACUUUUAAUUUCUGACUUAUUCAGUAUUAAGUUCUCAAAUAGAUGUUAUUUGAAAUUUUUAGGUAUAGUCCAGUUAUGACUUAUAGGAUAAUUAAAUGUAUAAAUAAAAAUUUAAUACAAAAGUUGUAGGGUUGUUUCUUUAGAUUUGUACAUAUACCUUUUUAUUUUAUUUCAUAGCUGCAUGUUUUGUCGUGAUGCAGUUUUUUUGUUUUCAAAUGAAGUUAAGUAUAGUGUAUGUCCUUCAUGAAAUGAGAUAUACGUAAAAAUUGUGACUUCCAUGUUAAAUUACAAUUUCCAUUCAGGUGGAACUAUGAAAUUUGAGCUUGAUUGGAAAAUGCAGCUGUGAUUGAAUCUCACGUUAAUGGUUUCGUUUGUCGCGUCCUUACGGUUAAUUGGGCUAGUGUAAAUUAAAAACGUAAAAAUUAGGAUUCUCAUUAUGCAGUUUAUAGGUUCUGAAUCUCAAAUACCUUAAUUUGAUAUGAGAAAUUACCUUUUAAAAGAGAAGUGUUAAUACGAAUUUGUAACACAGAAGUCACAUUUUUUUCAAAUUACCAUCGGUUAGUCACUUGGGCUUCUAAAAUGUAAUAGACUUUCUUAUUUACCUACUUUCCCUAUCCAAACGGCUCGCAAAAACCCUUGCUAUAAAAAUAGAAUACAAUUGCACA